ACAUCAUCUCUAAGUAGCCUACAUGCACCUGAAUUUUUUCGAGUUGCAGAUUCCCGGGAGUGAUAUGUAUCACAAGCCUCUUCGGCUUCUCACAGUACUAAGUACUUCAGGUGUGUUCAACGAAUGCUCUCACGGCACACCAUCCUUUGCAAUGAUUCCAUCGACAGGCAAAGUACUUAGACUCUGGAGUACGACACGUUCAAUGUCGAGCUCGGCCGUUCCUUCACUACCACUCCACCCGCCAUCGUUAGCAGAGCAAAGCGCUACUUUCCGUGCUCGCGUUCAGGACCUUUCUGCUUUCUUUUCCUCGAAUCGCUUCGCGUCUAUUACCCGUCCCUAUACCGCUCAUGAUGUAGCACUAAAGCAGGGUUCCGCCCCCGUUCUUCCCCUUCCAUCUACAUUGGUUUCUAACAAGCUAUUUGCCUUGUUCACUGAGGCAGCGGCUAAUAACCAACCUAUACAUACCCUCGGUGCUAUUGACCCAGUUCAAAUGACCCAAAUGGCAAGCCAUCAACAAGUCGUUUACGUCUCUGGUUGGGCCGCAAGCUCUCUCUUAACUACUGGAAAUAACGAAGUUGGUCCUGAUUUCGGAGAUUACCCUUAUACAACUGUACCAAACCAAGUUCACCGUCUAUUCCGUGCACAGCAACUUCAUGACCGAAAACAUUACGAUGAACGUAUGUCCGCAUUGCUUCAACAACGUCCAGACAUUCCGUACAUCGACUACUUACGACCCAUAAUUGCCGACGGUGAUACUGGCCAUGGAGGCACAUCUGCUGUCAUGAAACUCACCAAACUAUUUGCUGAGUCAGGUGCCUCAGCCGUGCAUCUCGAGGAUCAACUUCACGGCGGAAAGAAAUGUGGUCACCUUGCAGGGAAGGUCCUUGUACCCCCGAGCACCCAUAUCUCCCGCCUCGUAGCCGCUCGUUUUCAGCUUGACAUGCUUCUUUCUCCGAUGUUACUCAUUGCUCGCACUGAUGCUCAAAGCGGUAAACUUCUUUCCACUAGCAUUGACCCUAUCGAUCACCCAUAUAUCCUCGGUACUACGACUCAAGGAAAGCCUCUCAGUGAAGUUCUCGCCCGAGCUACAAGCAGUACAGAUGCAGCCAGAAUCGAGGAAGAAUGGGAUUCCAUGAACGAGUUGCUCACUUUCGAUCAAGCUGUUGAACGAGUGUUAUUGUCUAGCAGUGUUUCAAACCCACAAGGCCUGUUUGAGCAGUACAAGAAAUCAGUGGUCGGUAAAUCGAACUUCGAUGCACGUCAAAUUGCUCGGGAGGUUGUUGGCCAUGAUGUUUACUGGGACUGGGACUUCCCUCGCACUCCUGAAGGUUUCUAUCGAACUACUGGUGGCAUUCAGGCAGCUGUUGACCGUGCCCUUGCGUAUGCGCCGUAUGCAGACCUGUUGUGGCUAGAGACAGGGACGCCAGACUUGGAGGAGGCCAGGAGUUUUGCGAGAAAGAUAAGGGAGAAGUACCCCGGCAAAUGGUUUGUGUACAACUUGAGCCCCAGCUUUAACUGGGGGAAGGCAGGCUUCAGCGAUGCAAAUCUCAAGGACUUCAUAUGGAAUCUUGCAAAGGAAGGGUUUGUUUUCCAACUAGUCUCCCUGGCUGGGCUGCACAGCAAUGCAGCUGCUACUGCUGAGCUCGCUGCACGGUUCAAAGAUGACGGUAUGCUCGCAUACGUAGAACUCGUACAACGCAAAGAGAAAGAAAUAGGCUGCGACGUCCUCACCCAUCAAAAGUGGAGUGGCGCCAACUAUAUCGAUUCGAUAAUCCAGACCGUGUCUGCGGGAUCGUCAAGCACGUCUGCUAUUGGGAAGGACUCGACAGAACAUGAUUUUUGACCGUCAAAUUGAUGGUCAAGUUUAGUAUUGAGCAUACCCGUACUCUAGUUCGAAUUGAAUCUCACGACGAUGUUUGGAUGACUUAUGCUGGUGCAUUCGCCAGCGAGUGGCGGUUUCGAGAUCUUUCAGUAGGCGUGUGAGCGCUUGGGUCGUUUGUGUAUUUUCUGC